AAGCAUUAUUGCAUGCAUGCCUAGAACAUGGAAAUUGAAGCUGCAAAGUUAAAACAUGAUAUCCAAGAGCUCCUCUUUGACCUGAACAACUAUGGUUUAUGUGACCCGCCCACCAACUGCAUCAGGGCAGGAGUCCUGAGCUACCACCGCGAGUCCGACAACCCUCGACUCGACAUCAAAUCUGCGGAUUUGGAGCCUCCAUUCGAAUGUCCGUCAACAUGCGAAUACUGCCGCAGGAAAGCCAUGCCUGUGCUGGAUUGGAGAUGGGAAGACGAGCUGGAGGCGGUGCCAGAAUUCUGUUGCGCCGAGCGCAAGCUACUGUGCGUGGCCUUGCUGAGGAAAAGGCCUUUGGUGGAUGAAGAGGACGAAGGGCAUGGCAAGCCCUCUGAUCUGGCAGCUGCACUGCUUAGCGACCGAGAGAAGAGGAAUGCCAAAAAUAUUACCGACCUCUCACGUGGACUGAUGGAACUAGCAGGCUUAAAGAGAGAUGAUGAUGCCUCCCAAAAGGCAGAAACCACUCCAGAAGCAAAGAUCCUCAGCUUCCGGCUCGGUGGAUCCGCCGAAGAGGGAGGCUGGACGCUGAUGAAUAUUUCUGAAAAUGUUGUACAACUCAAAAACGAGGAAGACAUAUUCAUUUGCGACCACAAGCCUCCUUUGUUUGGAAUUUGUCAUCAUAAGGAGAGAAAACACACUCUCACACUGGAUCGUUCUCGCACUCAAACCACUCACUGUAACUGUUUUUGUAUUAACAGGAAGGGGAGUUUCAACAAAAGUUUUACACGGACGGCAAGCCCUUUCUUAACAUGUUCCCAGAUGGCUCUGCUCAGCUCUUUUACCCGGGAGACCGCUUGGCUCUACUCUUUAUCGUCACUAGAGACAAAGAAAGGGUUUGCCUCGUGUAUGACAACAACCAAAACGCAACACAUCACAGAGCCAUUCGAGGCAUCUUCCAGUCCAAUGGCAUGGCGACUUGUUAUCACAGCAAUGGAAACAUAUGGUAAACAGAUGGUUGAAUCUAAACAAGGCUGGUGGUCAAUGUUUGGACAAGAAGGGUGCUAGGACCCGUCGAUGGAGUUGGAAAACGCUUCCUCCCCCUCACCUGCCUCCUCUCUUCCUGUCACUCAAUAAAAACAUUGGGGUGCGGGUCCUGGGAAAGGAUCAGAUUUUCAUCUCUUUCCUGGCUAAAGGUCA